UUAAAUAAAAAUAAAAAUGCAUUAAAAUUUGACCCAAUAGCUAUACAACAAAAUACAAUAAAUAAUUGUAUGACCGGACCCCUGUUACUGUUGCACACGGAAGUAGGAGAACGCGGUGCAGUGCGCUAAAUUAAACUUUAUAUUUUGUCUACUUUUCUCAUUUUGAAUAGCCGUUUCCCAAACGACGGAUAGCAGACCUAUAAUACGAGAGUCAUGUUUGUAAGAUGCUGGGUCAUUCACGUAUUAUUUCUUAAUCUGAUAGAUAAAGGGUCUCCAGAGUGUCUGGAAGUCACUGGUUUUGUUGGAGAUUCUGUCCUCAUGCCGUGUUCAUACCAGGAUAGAAAACUAGAGCCAGAGGAAAUCAAUGUGUUUUGGAGAUACAAUGCAAGCAAAAAUGUUUAUGAUAUCGAAAAAGGAAAACCCUCAACAAUCGAACAGGAUCCAAUGUUCAAGGGUCGAAUAACAAGUUUUCUUCAAGAGCACAAGAAUGGGAACUUUUCUCUUAUACUCUCAAAUCUGACGGUCACAGACGCAGGGGAGUUCUUAUGUGAUAUCCCAGAUGUGAUAAAGGAAUCCAAACUAAUGCUGCAUGUCAAAGCACAUCCAACAACAAUGUCUACUGCAACGUCUGAUACAAGAAGCUCUUCCAUGAAAACCCAACCAGAGGGGAUUGCAACUUUCCUGACUGUUGUUUUGGAAUUUCUUAUUUUGCAUUAUAUCUGCUUACUUUAUUAGAAUGUAUUGCUUAAUUGUGUUACAAAUUAUGCCUUUCUUCAAUGUUUAGUAACAAUUGUUUGUACCCUUGAACCAAAUGUAUUAUAUUCUGACUGCUGAACAGAAUUGUGGCCAAAUUAAUUAGCAUAAUUAUAACGGACAGAUGUUUGAUAUUAAUUUUAUUUUUAAGUUUGGUCUUACGGAUGUUUCCAAAAAGCAUUGUUAACCAAUCACAUGAGUUCUCUCAUUACCAACAAUUCAGUGUUUCCCUAAACAAUAUACUGUAGUUUUAAAGAACAUUGGAAACAGCAUCACAAAGUUGUGUGGCAGAAACUAUUACAGUCGAUAGUAAUAAUACUCUUGAGCAUAAACAACAUGCUCUUCUAUUUCUUUCAUUCCACAUUUUUAGUUUGUAACUAGACUAGAAUGAAAGUGCCCUGAUUGAAGAGUGUGAAUGUGCUCAAGAGCCCAGGAGUAUGAAAUAAGAAACACUUGGUUCACAGUAAUAAUCUGACAUUAAUUUGGUCUUGAUUAAGAAGAAACUAUUGCAUCGGUGUGACACACUGCACCACAGAUAACAUCCCCAACCAGAAAGCACGUUUUCUUUUUAUGCAGCUUUUGAAGUUUUAUGAUGUUUCUAGAUCAUCAGAAUGACUAUAAUUUUAAUGCAUGAACAUGAUGUAAUUUAAGCAAGAUGAUGAAUUAAGCUGUCCUUACCACGAAACUCAAGAUGUUAUUCAAAUUGUAUAUUGUCCAAUUGAACUGUGCUAAAACUAUUUUUUUUUCUACAUUGGUCUCUGGAAUGUUGUUCUUGUUACAACCUGUUAAAACUGAAAAUGAAAAUUGACCAUUGUAA